AUGGAGUGCGGAAGGAGCUUCUCUUUCAAUGCAAAACUUAGAACACACCAGCGGACUCACAAAGAGAGAAAAUCUUUUAAGUGCAGGGAGUGUGGGAAGAACUUCAGUCAGAGUGUAAACCUUAAAUUGCACAAACGGACUCACACAGGGGAGAAACUAUUUAAAUGUAUUGAGUGUGGAAAGAGCUUUAGUGAUAAUGGAAGCUUUAGAUCACAUCAACGGACUCACACAGGGGAGAAACCAUUUAAAUGUGUGCAGUGUGGGAAGUGCUUCAGUUUCAGUGCAAGCCUUAGAUCACAUCAACGGACUCACACAGGGGAGAAACCAUAUGAAUGUAUGGAGUGUGGAAAGAGCUUUAAUGAUAGUGGAAACCUUAGAAGACAUCAACGGACUCACACUGGGGAGAAACCAUUUAAAUGCAUGGAGUGUGGAAAGAGCUUUAAUGAAAAUGGAAGCCUUAGGAACCAUCAACGGACUCACACAGGGGAGAAACCAUUUAAAUGCAUGGAGUGUGGAAAGAGCUUCAGUUAUAGUGGAAAGCUUAGAUCACAUCAACGGACUCACACAGGGGAGAAACCAUAUUUAUGUAUGGAGUGUGGAAAGAGCUUUAGUGAAUAUGGAAGCCUUAGAAGACAUCAACGGACUCACACAGGGGAGAAACCAUUUACAUGCAUGGAGUGUGGAAAGAGCUUCAAUCAGAGUGGAGAGCUUAGAUCACACCAACGGACUCACACAGGGGAGAAACCAUAUAAAUGUAUGGAGUGUGGAAGGUGUUUUCGUGAUAGUGGAAGCCUUCAAUCACAUCAACGGGCUCACACAGGGGAGAAACCAUUUCAAUGUAUGGAGUGUGGAAAGUGUUUUCGUGAUCGUGGAAGCCUUAGAUCACAUCAACGGGCUCACACAGGGGAGAAACCAUUUCAAUGUAUGGAGUGUGGAAAGAGUUUUAGUGAUAGUGGAAGCCUUAGAUCACAUCAACAGACUCACACAGGGGAGAAACCAUAUAAAUGUAUAGAGUGUGGAAAGAGUUUCCGUUGUAAUACAAGCCUUAGAUCACAUCAACGGACACACACAGGGGAGAAACCAUUUCAAUGUAUGGAGUGUGAAAAGAGUUUUAGUAAUAGUGGAAGCCUUAGAAGACAUCAACAGACUCACACAGGGGUGAAACCAUAUAAAUGUAUGGAGUGUGGAAAGAGCUUCAGUCAGAAUGCAGACCUUAAAAAACAUCAACGGAUUCACACAGGGGAGAAACCAUUUAAAUGUAUCAAUUGUGGAAAGAGCUAUAGUAUUAGUGGAAGCCUUAGAUACCAUCAACAGACUCACACAGGGGAGAAACCAUAUAAAUGUAUAGAGUGUGGAAAGAGUUUCCGUUGUAAUACAAGCCUUAGAACACAUCAACGGACACACACAGGGGAGAAACCAUUUCAAUGUAUGGAGUGUGAAAAGAGUUUUAGUAAUAGUGGAAGCCUUAGAAGACAUCAACAGACUCACACAGGGGUGAAACCAUUUAAAUGUAUGGAAUGUGGAAAGAGCUUCAGUCAGAAUGCAGACCUUAAAAAACAUCAAUGGACUCACACAGGGGAGAAACCAUUUAAAUGCAUAAAUUGUGGAAAGAGCUUCAGUUAUAGUGGAACACUUAAAAAUUAG